AUGGAACAUCACUUGCGUGACGGCCGUAGUUCUUCCCGCACGGAGGAUCUGGGAGGUCUACUGGGCCUCGGAGCGUCAGCCCUGAGUGCUCUCGGGAUCUGGGCUGGGCCAGAACCCGGGACCACGCGGUGGGUGCGCGCCGCGCCCACGCUGCUCGUGGUAGCGAUGUUCGGCACCACAGCCGUCAUGAAGCUGUGUCUGGAGCAGGUGGACGACCUGGAGGAGCUCGGAGAGCGGAUCUUCGUCUGCACCACCAUCGUAGUCACUGGCGUCAGGAUUCUUUACUUUAUGGCGUACCGCUCGCGUGUGCAGCGGUUGGCAAACUUGCUGCUAGAAGCCCGUCGGGGCUUCCCCGAGCAGGGAGCUUUCGUCCGCAGCCGCUUCCAGAGACAUGCCACCAGGGUCUGCGUCGGAUUUCAGGUGACGGCGGCGCUGCCGCUGGCGAUGUGGGUGCUGGACCCGGUGUUGACAGCGGCUCUGACGUCACCGCUCGGGCAGAACGCCUCGGCGGUGGCGGACGCCCGUGAGACGCCGCUGUCCCUCUGGUUGCCGGUGGACGCCCAGGCGUCCCCCAACUACGAGGCCGUCUACGCCUUCCAGGCAUUCCUCAUUGUCUUCACCGCGCAGGCCAGCCUCUUCCUGGACAUGUUCUUCAUCGUGCUCAUCAUCCACAUCACGGCCGAGCUCAACGUGCUCAACGACAGCGUUGCAGCCAUCCAGCUCCUGCAGAAAGACAUCGAACGCAGCUCUAUGGUGAAGAUGAUGUUUACCUUCCCGGCGUAUCUCUAUCAGACGGGGACCUACUGCAUCUUCGGACAGGCGAUAAUUGACCAGAGCGAGCGCCUGAUGGUGUCGGCGUCCAGCUGCGGUUGGCCCGAGGCCGUUCCAGGCUUCCGGCGCGCACUGGUGGUCUUCAUGCUUCAGGCCUCCCGCCCGCUGCGCAUCAGGGUUGGCAAUCUCGUCACCCUCUCCAGGAACACCUUCCUGCAGUUGCUGAAAGAUACAUACACGAUGUUCAACAUGCUGUACCGACUUCAAGGGAACAAGUGA